GUUCUGUCCAUCGGGUAACACGAUUUUUGACUGUGAACAUAGAAGGAGGAGGAGGAGGGGUGAGGGGUUUCUACCGCCCUGCUCACAAUCUCACGAAUGAAGAACAUGAAGAAAAAUUUGCCUGUAUAGUGAAAUCUUUGGAGAAAUUACAGUCAAAUAAUGGAGAAUCGGCCAGUUGUGUUGGGGAACCAGGAUGGUGGAACACCACCCAAUGCAGCACCUGCUCUUUAUGUUCUUGUGAAACAGCCACAGAUCACUGGAAAAGCUGACCAAGGAGACUUAGUAUCAAAUCAAGAGGACAGUGGCCUUGCUAGCAGUAUAGCAGCACCAGUAAAAUCGAAAGUGAAGACUUGCCUUCCAGCAGAUUGCACCUCAGGAAGCAUUACUGUUACAUUGGACAACAACAAUAUGUGGAAUGAGUUUUACUAUCGCAGCACGGAAAUGAUUCUGACCAAGCAGGGAAGGCGGAUGUUUCCAUACUGUCGAUACUGGAUAACAGGCUUAGACUCCAAGCUGAAGUAUAUAUUGGUUGUGGAUAUUUCUCCUGUUGACAAUUUACGCUAUAAAUGGAAUGGCCAUAGUUGGGAGCCCAGUGGGAAAGCAGAACCCCAUGUGCUGGGAAGAGUAUUCAUUCACCCCGAAUCGCCUUCUACUGGCCGUUACUGGAUGCACCAACCAGUCUCUUUCUACAAACUCAAACUUACUAACAAUACCUUGGACCAGGAAGGGCAUAUCAUUCUGCACUCUAUGCACCGCUAUCUACCUCGGCUACACUUGGUGCCUGCUGACAAAGCCACAGAAGUUAUUCAGCUAAAUGGUCCUGAUGUCCAUACCUUCAUUUUUCCACAGACAGAGUUCUUUGCUGUGACUGCAUAUCAAAACAUACAAAUUACACAACUGAAAAUAGACUACAACCCGUUUGCUAAAGGGUUCAGGGAUGAUGGCCUGAGCAGUAGAUUUCAGCGUGAUGUGAAGCAAAAUGGUAGCUCAGACCAGGAAGGAGGUAGCGUUAAUAGUUCUCCAAGCCAUCACAGAGAUAUCACUGAAGGUGAAAUUUUUGAUCCAGAGCAGAGGGAUAUAGAGACAUCACUUAGUGCAAUGUGUAACACAGAUUUGGAAAGAGAAUCUAUCAGUCCAUAUCAUGAUUUUCUGGGUUUUAUGGAAACAGAUAUGUGUGAUAGUCCGAUAUUAAAACAAGAAGCACCUGAAAGUCCAAUAGCAAGUCCUUGUCAGAGUCACUCUCAUGUGGCAUCCCCUUUGAACUCAAAUGGAGGCAUCAAUGUUGUUGUUAAAGAGGAACCUGCAGAUGACUAUGAUUAUGGGCCAAGUCUAUGUAUGGAAGGAAUAGAUGUGAAGCAGGAAGAAGCACGUAACAUGGCAGAAGAAUAUUCAGAUAGAGUUGACUCCAUCCUGGAGAAGCGACAAAAGAAUCACAGGGAAGUAGGCAAGAAGGAAAUGGAAUCUGAAUCCCGUAAGCGACCACAGACCAACCAGUUGGGUGUUGCCAAAGCAAAGAUGUUGAAACUGGAUAGUGGAAAGAUGCCUGUAGUCUAUCUAGCACCCUGUUCAGUUACCAAGAAUACAGUAAAGAUCUCUGCUCUUUCACAGGCCAUAUUGUCUCUUUCUAAGAGUGCAAAAUCACCUUUGAGUCAUCCAUUGGAUUAUUUGUCUGCUUGUUUUGAAAAUAACAGUGUCUCCAGACCCUUUACAGCUUUGGAAACAGAGGAAAUGCUAACUAGAAAACAGGUAUCUGAAAAUAAUGUGCCACACAAAUCACCUACGGCAAGAGAUGUGCGAUGGAAAAAUACUGAAACCUGUAACAGUCUUACCAUAACAAAUAAAGUAUCUAGCUGUGGUCUCAAAGCCACUGCAUACCGUGGCCCUUCUUUAGCUAACUUAGUGGGAGGGAAGACAAAUGCAUUCAAGAACCUUAUUUCCCGCAAGAGUAUUGUUGGUAACCAAAAGGUUAGGUUGCCUGGCCCACGUAAAAGAGGAAGACCACGGAAAAUAAGGUUUUCUGAAGUUGGAAGACCACCUAAAUAUACUAGAAAGUCUAUUACAACAAGUAAUUAUGCCUCCUUUGGACCUGGCAAUAUCCAUUUGGAUGUUAAACCCGACCUUGAGGAUGUGGACGGAGUACUCUUUGUAUCAUUUGCAUCCAAGGAAGCUCUGGAUAUCCACAAUGUUGAUAGAGUGGAAGAAAAAGAAAAAAUUCAGAAUAUUCAGACUUCUUCUCUGACUACAUGUGAAAAAGAAGAAUUGCAGAAUAUACAUACUUCUUCACUGGAUGCAUGUAUUAAUUCAGACAGUCAGAGAAUACCACAGCUGGAAAAAGAAUUGUUGGAAGAGUUAAAGUCUUAUAAGUACAAGCAAGUGAUACAUCCUAGUCUUCGGGAAGUGGGACUAAAGCUGAACUUAGUGGACCCAACAAUGAGCAUUGAUUUAAAAUAUUUGGGUGUGCAGCUACCACUAAGUUAUUCUGAGGAAUACACAUUGUGGAAAAACAUAAGGUCCAAUUCCACUUCUUAUGAUACUGGGCUUCCCUUUGUUUCCAGGACUGGAAAGACGAAUGACUUCACAAAGAUAAAAGGAUGGCGAGGGAAGUUACAUAGUUCUUCAAAAAAUGAAGGUAGCAUUUUAGAAGGCUCCUUGAAGAAUCGAUCUGCCUUCUGCAGUGACAAGCUUGAUGAAUAUUUGGAAAAUGAAGGGAAGUUAAUGGAAACAAGCAUGGAAUUCUCUCCUAGUACAUCCAGUUGUCCUGUGGUUUACCAGCUUCCAACUAAAAGCACCAGUUAUGUACGGACACUAGAUAGUGUUCUGAAAAAGCAAUCCAGUGCUCCUACUGCUAGCUCUUAUACUUUCAAGCCUCUUUCUGUGCCUUCUGUCUCUAGAAAGAAGAGAGAGAAAAUUAAGAAUAAAAAGCAAGCAGGUUCUAGAGGCAAAGAAAAGUCACUCCAGAAGCCUACAAUAGGUUUGCCUGUGGUAACAAAGCAGAGACGCAACCUGGCAGCUUUGGAAGAGAAAGUCACUAAGUCUCAGCCAAGUAGUCAAGCAGUUAGUGAGAUAGACAAUCUCAUGGCAUCAGGCACAGAAGAAAAUGUACAGGGGAAACAGCGUCAGGCACAGCAGCAACAACAGAGUAGUCGCUUGCCAAGUUUAUCAAAGACUCAGUUGAAGCUGAUGGAUUUGGAGGUUUGCGCAUUGUGGGAUGGUAAACCGCGGACUUACAUUACUGAAGAACGAGCAGACUUAUCUCUGUCUACUUUACUCACUGCUCAGGCUUCACUAAAAAACAAACCUAUCCACCAAAUAAUCAAAAGGCGAGCACCACCAUGCAACAAUGAUUUUUGCCGGCUUGGGUGCAUCUGUUCUAGCUUAGCUCUUGAGAAACGUCAGCCUACGCAUUGCCGCAAGCCAGACUGUAUGUUUGGCUGUGCUUGCCUAAAAAGAAAGGUAGUCCUAGUUAAAGGAAGUUCAAAGCAGAAGAAGAUCCUGGAGGAGUCUCUGUGUGGAAGGAAUAGAUUAUAUUGUGAAAAUGAAGUGAAACAACAGGAAGAGCUGAUGGAAAUAGAGGAGAAGAAAGAGAAACUGAAAUCUAAAGAUAAGAAGAAGAAGAAAAAGGUGGAAUAUACUAUAUGUGGUACAGAGCCAGAAAAGCCUGUCAAGAACUUUCCACUGUGGGUUAAAGUAGAUGGAGAAAUGGAUCCAGAACCAGUUUACAUCCCAACACCAUCAACUAUUGAACCAACAAAAUCUAUGCCACCUGUCCCAGAGGUCUUAACAUCUGAUGGCAAACCUGCAUCUGGUGAAGGCAAACCUGCUACCAGUGGAGUCAAAUCAGCACGAGUUUAUGCGCCUAGACCUAAUCCAGUGAUUCAAGAAGAGGAUAAGGACCCUGUCUAUAUAUAUUUUGAAAGCAUGAUGACUUGUGCUCGCGUUCGGAUAUAUGAUCAUAAAAAACAGGAGAAAAAGCAGCAGCAGAGGUGCCUUGGGAAUUCUGAAAAACACAUUGAAAAGGAACAUGAUCCUGAGCCCCAGCCACUUAAUUUGGAAGAUGAACAAGAGCCCGGAGAUAAACCCUGGUGGUUUUCCUGCAGUGUUGGGGAUCCAUCAACUUCAUAUGUACAUCAUACUACACGAGGUGGAACAACCAAACUAAUUGAGAUUGUUUCUGAUUGCAACUGGGAGGAAGAUCGCAAUGAGAUCUUGAACAUCCUGUCUCAGCAUGUCAAGAAUAAGAUGCCCAAGUCCCUCAAAGUAGGAAAUUUUGUUAUUGAUCUAGAAUCUGAAACCAAAACCUGGGAUGAGAAGAACACUCCUGUCUAUUCCUCUCGAGUGAAAAUCUCCAUGCUAUCCAGUCAAAACAAGGGUGAAAAGGCUCAUAUUUCUGUUUUGGAAGCUUCUGAUAAUAGAUUGUCACCAUGCAAAAACACAGAAAAAAUCAAAUUCUUAACAGCUGGCAUGUUACGGGAGAGGAGGAAGAAAGGAUUACCUUUUUAUGCUGGGCUUUCUCCUGCAGGAAAGCUGAUUGCUUACACAAGCAAAUCUGAUUUGAAUUCCUCGUCUUUGAUUCAGGUUAAUGGUAAAAAAUACCCUCAAGCCAAACUGCUUCUAGGACAGAUGGGAGCAUUGCAUCCAGCCAAUCGACUUGCUGCUUAUAUCACAGGCAGGCUGCGACCAACAAUGCUUGACCUAUCAACACUCAGUACUGCAAUCUCCAAGGCAGAGUCCGAUGCUAAGCUUGCUGCUUCUGAGCCACAGUCAGCUGAAGUGCCCACAGCAGAAAUUUCCAAAACGCCAUUUUCCAGUAACACUACAUCCACUUCCACUGUAACAUCACCAACUGCUCAUGCCUCAACACAGAAGCAGAUAGCUGCUCGGCCUUUACUACAUAAUGUGGCGUCUCAGUUGGUUAUAAGCGCCAUUGGGGCACUACACCAGAAGGUUCCUGGAACUAGAAGAACCCAACCUGUGACGGGACCACAGAAAUUUAAUAUAAAAUCUAUGCCGCUCUCCCCUGGGGCAACUACAGUUACUCCUCCUGCUAUUACUGUGUCAUCACUUGUUGGAACUACUGCUAGCCCUGCACCCUGUAACAAAGUUCCCUGCUUUUCUGACCCCUCCAAAGCAAAUGCUGUUGGAAAACCUGAAAACAGGACUCUAUCAACCACAGCUACUAGGGCUCCUGUUAAAAUAGCAAAAUCACCUGGAAUUGCUACACCAGUUGCGACUGUAGCUUUGCCUGGAAUAGGCCCAUCAACUGUUGGUAUUCCAGUUUCUGCAGCAUCUCUAUCUACAAUCUUAACCACAACUGCAUCCGUGACCUCGGUGCCCACACCAACUUCACCAGUUAGUAUUGCUCCUGCACUCUCAGGAAUGAACAAGAGUCCUUUAUCGAAUCAAAAAGCAGGUAGUACAAGCCCUCCAGGAUUGUCUCCUGGAGCAGAGAAACGCAUGGGACCACAGCUGCUUUUGAUUCCAGUACCUCAGAGUUCUCCUACGUUGCGACCUCAACAAAACACGCAAGUUGCUCAGGGGAAGAGAAUGGUUUUGCAGCCUCUAAGGAAUCCUGCUGGUGUGAAUCUCUAUCGACACCCCAACGGGCAGAUUAUCCAGCUUGUUCCGCUGCAUCAGUUCCAACCUGCAGGACCCCAACCUAGUUUAUCACCCGUAAUGUUACGUAAUCCAGGGUCUGUUGUAGAAAUCCGGUUGCCAAGCCCUUCUAAGCUUCCAGAGGUAUCUGUGUGUCAGUCCUCUGUGGUUUCUUCUGUGAUCCCAACCACCCUGGCUACUUCGGUUCUGUCUGCAGCUCCUCCUGUAUUGUCUGUUUCUCCAACAACAAACGCCAUGUCUGUUUUGCCUGAGACGGCAACCACUGCAGCUGCUUCUAUAUUAUCUGGAAUCCAAACCAUCCCUGCCCCUUUGAUGUUAUCUGUGCCCCCUACUGCUGGGGUUCCUUUGGGGUCGUCUGUUGCCCCUUCCAUUACGCCUAUGCCCCCUGCUUCUGAAACUCCUUCAGUUUUGCCUGUGCCCACUGCUGCUGAGGACGCUCCUGCUUUGACCAUGCCCCUUAGUACUACAGAAGCUUCUGUAUCACCCAGAACCCCUACCGCUGAGACCUCAUUAAUGUUACCCGUGCUCCCUACUGCUUCACCCAUAUCCUCUGCCACUGAAUCUCCUUCAGGGUUAUCUAUGUCUCCUGCUUCAGCCGUGUCGUGUGCUGCUGAAGCUCCUUCUGCUUCAACCAUGGCCCCACCUACAGACCAGAUGUCGCAGGCCAUUGGAUCUGGGCCCACACUUCCUAUUUCAGAACCGGUCAUUUCUCCUGUCACACAGGCUGGCACUUUGACUAUGAGGAUUUCUCCUUUGGGGGUUAUUCAGACAACUUCAGAUUCUAAAAUAACAUGCAACACCAGCAGCACACCAGAUAGUGCAGAUCAUUUAAUAGCUCUUCAGUCGGGCAGUUUUGCCUUGCUUCAGGUUCCAGGGCAGAAGAAAGCUCCAAAUUCCAUUUUGAAACAAGUUGAGGUAAAUGGCACAUCUCAGAAAGUUGAGUUGAGUUCAAUUAAGCCAGAAGGAGAGACAAGAUGCUUACAAGAGGUGGAGGCUAUAGGGUCAGAAGUCACAAUGUCAGAUUCCAGACAGGAAGAAAAUAAGUUGCCAGAAAACCAUUUAGAGCCCUCUUGUGAAAAGCUCACACGUGACAAGAAUGCUAUAACUUCAGAGACAGCUGAGAAGGAUGCAGAAAUCUUGGCAGAAUUAUCAAGUGAUGAUCCUAUCCUUGAGCCUGAGAUUGCAUCAUUGGACCGCUCCUACAUCAGCCAGGAAAUAAAGUCUGGGGGAAAUAAAGUGAUGGCUAAUGUUAAACAUCCUGAAGACACCCCAAAUGAAGUUUCGUGUAGUUCUGAGAGUUGCAGUCAAACUGCAGUCCUUGCACAUGAUGCAUUAAACGAGCAGAAAGUAGCACAACUAAAGAACUCAAAUGAGGAAGAAGCGCACUCUGAACAAACGCAAAGCACAGCAACUGAUUCAGAAAGACUUGAACAGAAACAGUUAGAAACAGAUGAGGAAAUGAUUAUUGAACUAUCUCAGAAGCCUUGGGAUGAGUGCAAGGUGCGAACAAAUUGUGCAGAAAAACUGGAGAAAAAACCUAAAUCUUAUUUGAGUCCAUGGGGAAAUGAAGACCAGGAACUACUAGGGCAAAACACGAAGGAAAAGGGUCAUUCUGUGGCAGCACAGAGGGAUAGAGGCGAGGACAGAAGGAAGCAUAAGGUUACUAGUGCAAAUGGCCGGAAUACCAUAUUGGGAAGCAAAUAUGUAAAUAAUGCACUAGAAUUUUCAUAUAAAAGAGAUACUGGUGUUCAGAAAGAUAACUUGACUGUUAAAGAUGGCCUUGUUCAAGUUAGCAAAACUUGGAGCAAAACAUCAAGGCCUUCAGAUGCUUUGGAAAACAAAAACAACAGUGGUGCCAAUGAGCUUGUAAAGAAAUUUCCUAAAUGUGAAAAACAACAGAGUAUACUGAAAACCAGCUAUCACAGAAAGGAUUCGCUGCCUGACAUUAAUAAUAUCACCAUGGAUAAUACAGAAAAAGAUGAAAAAACAGAUGAUUCUGCAGAUGAGAUGGCCGACGAAGCAUCUGGCUAUCAAAGUGAAGAUAUAGUGAAUGUAGAAACACUGAGUGAAAGUGAAUCUAACGGUUCAGAGGAGAAUGUAGACAUUGAGACUGUGGAGGAACUCUCAGAGAAAAUUAACAUUGCUCGGCUGAAAGCUACAGCUGCCCAUGUCAUAUUGUCCAAACAAUUGAACUCUGUGCAUGACCAUUCUAGUCAGAAGAUUGCCAAGACUCCCAAGCCACAACCUGAAUUGCCAAACAAAAAGCCAAAGAAUGAGGAAGAAACCUUUUCAAAUUACCGCGAAACACACACAGCAAAUGAACGUCGCCGUCGUAAAGAAAUGAGGAGACUCUUUGAAAAAUUGAAGGUUACUUUAGGAUUGCAGAUGGUCCCCAAGGUUUCCAAAUGUUUCAUCCUGAAACAGGCCUUGGAAGAGAUACAGGGGCUAACGGAUCAAGCAGAUAAACUCUUGGGUCAGAAAAACUUGUUGAUGCGCAAGCAGGACACCUUGAUUCGUAAAGUAUCUGCCCUUUCAGGCAAGACACAGGAAGUAGUCUUGAAGAAGCUAGAAUACAUUUAUGCAAAACAGAAAGCGGUAGAAGCACAAAAGAAGCAGCAACAAGCAGAACCUGUGGAUGUGGUUGAAACUCUGCAGACUGCUAAGCCCUCAGUGGAAAACAGCCCUUCUUCUCUCUUUAAAGAGCUGAAACCAGCAACCUUGUCCAGCAAGCAUACAAAACCAUUGAUACUUUCCAGGAAAGGAAGCUGUCCCACAGGGGACAUACCCAUGGCAUUAACAAAUGCUAGCCUAGUAAUGACAGCAAAUGGCCAGGUGCUUGCAUUCAAGAGUCCCUUGGUACCAGGACAAGUUGCUGCCUUCCCUUCCACACUCCUGCAAACUGAACUCAAAUCAGAGGCUGACAGCAGUAAUGGGACAGCACAACCAGGUAUUGCUUCUGUGAUGAUUCAGUUGCCAGGCUCAGCAGUACCAGUGGAAGUGAAAGGUAUCCUUCCAAAUUCCACAGUUCCCAUUACCUUGUCUGCUGUAACCAGUAACUCACCCACUCCAGUUGCAGAAACAGCUCCAGAGCUCACUUCAGAAAGUGAAGACUCAUUCAUGAUGCCAAGGAUAGUAAAUGUGACAUCACUGGCUACUGAAGAAGAUACAAAUUUAAACCUGGAUGCGAAUAAGGAUCCUGAUGUAACCUUGGAUACUGAUUCCCAGACACCUGAGUCUUCCUUGCAGGUAGCAUCACAGAAAACUACUGAUCUUUGUUCACCAGAAAAAGCAGAACCGUCUUUUGUAAAAGGGAGAGGCACUACUGGAGCAGUACGUGAUUCUCUUAGGCGAAAAGAGAAUUUUCCACAAACAGUAAAUGUCUCCAAUUUGAAGGCAUCCCCAGAACCAUUUGCAACAAAAAUUUGCCCUGAAGAGUUAGCUGGAAAUCAGGCAAGGUUAAAACAGAUGAACAAGGGAAGUGAUGGACAAAAAUCAAGAGAGUCUUCAUUUCAAAAGCUGCAAAUCAAUGAACCCAAUGACUCCGGGAUGGAAAUGGAGCUGCAAAAAGUUGCCUCUGCAAUACAUGAACCAGCACUGGAUGCAAGUGACUUAAUGGGCAUAGAGGAGACUGAUGACACAGAUGAAACCCUCACCUCCCUGCUGAAUGAAAUUGCAUUUCUCAAUCAGCAGUUGAAUGACGAUGCUUCAGACAUAUCAGAACACCCCAACUCCCUGAGCUCUGGCUUUUCUCUAGGAGAUAUGGAAAGUCGCAGGCAAUCAACUACUGCAGAAGGCUCUCCUUUUCCAUUUGGUGCCAUGAGUGGGAGCUUUAAGGACCUUUCUAUAGUUCAAGAGAGCAGUGAUUCCAUAACUCCUCUCCUGCUUCACUUGGAUGAUGAUGAUCUACCUGAUGGUAACAAGAACUCGGGAGAUCCUUCAUCUGAUUCUGAAGCUUUAAAAAUCAUGUUAGGAUCUGAGGUAAAGGACCCAAAUCCUGAUCACUCAGUGGCAAAUAGUGGUGGAAGUGGAAAAACUGAGCAAUCUGUGGCAAAGACAAGAAGUGUGUCACCUCCCAUUCUGCAGAUGAAAACUAACCUGGAAGCUGGCAAAGCUGAUAUGGCAUGGAGGCCUAUGCCCAGACUGGCACCACUUGGAUUAAAAGCUGCUAACUUUCCAUUAGAAUCAGAAGGACAGAAUACCAAGGUGAUGCCUUCAUUGGCACCCGUUGCUUCAAAAGAGAUAAAAACUGCACAGCCAGUGACUAGUCCAAGCCAGGACGGUAAUGAAACACUCACUUUAGCACCUGCUGCUGCAGAAUCAAAAUAGUAUUGUGGCUUUACCUUCAGGUGCUUUUUGGUAAUAAUGUUUGAUUUUUCAGAGACUUUCAUAGUUAAUCAGAACUUCAAUUAUGACACAUCUCCAACAUUUAGAUUCUUAGGUUGCAUGUGCCAGUGUGCAUGUAAUAUAUGAGGCUAGAUGUUUGAACUUGAUUGGUAAAAGAUGACAUUCAGUCAAGAGUAAGAGGCUAGUCAGAUGAAUUAUGCCCUUUUCUAACAGUCACAGAAAGCAUCCAUUUGAGAUAUUUUCAAACAUUUUUAGCAUUUCAGAAAAAAUAUUCAGGACUGUGAAUAGCUUAUAUACAUAUAUCUUAACAUAUUACUCAAGGGCCUCAUACAAGCAUUUGAGGCACAAGAUGUAUUUUUUCCUCUAAUAUCUAUAAAUUGAAGAGUUUGGGGGCUUCACUUUUAACCUAGUGAAUGUGAAAGGAUUUCAUACUAUAAAAUGAUCGUAUAUUUUUGUACACAGGCUUUUUUGUAAAUACAUAAAAUAAUGACAUUUCAUAUAUAUAUAUCAAAAAGUUAAUGAUUAUUUCUAAUGAUUGUAAAUAAGAAAUUUGGAGAACUAACGUGGCAUCUGAGUGCUUUGAACAGGUCAAUCACUGUUAAAUCUGAAAAUUGCUGCAUUUUUCUUGUCUUGCAUAAUUGUAUGAUGCAAUGCAGAUCUGUGUUCCGGCUAUCCUGGCAGAAAGUAUUAAGGCUUCCCACUCCCUGUUGUGCUUUGCUCAUAUUUGAAGCUCCUAUCUCCAGGCUCAACCAGCUGGCAAGAGGCAGUCUUCUGCAUACAUGCUGAAAGUAGUACACAAGUUCCAGUUUGCUCAUACAGGAAAGUGUCCUGCACUAUACAUUAAGCCCCUCCCACUCUCCAUCUGUGUGUAGGUUAGGUAUAUUGGGAUGGACAUGCACAUGAUGGGUAGUUUCAUUAUUAUUUUUCAUGAUGUUGAUUAAAUGUACUGUGUACCAAUGAAAUUCCCAAUUUUAAGUAGAAAAAACAGCACAGGGAAACCAGGAUUUAUUCUCCUGCCUGGUUCAGUUUUUCACAGAAAAUUGCAGCCAAAUGAUUUUAAUUGCAAUAGAAAAAGAUACAGAUAUUCAUAUAUUUUUCUUAAUGGGGCUAAAAGCAGCUUGGGGGUAAGAUAGAGGAUACAAAAUGAGAAAUGGUUAAGACAUGCUCUCCCUCCAUGCCAGACCUUCACUUCGAAAUGUAGCCUUAGCAAUGUGCUUUAAAUUUGAUUUGAUUUGUAAUUCUACAAAGUAAAAGUUCUUGAUGAGGAUGCAGUCUCUGUCAAUGUAAUAGAGGAAGCAAUUCAGUAUCUUCUGUAGUCUUCAGUCUUUUGUAAGUUCUCAUUUCUUGCAUGCUUCAUGGUGUUCAUUCAGUGCCUUAGGAUUUGGAAUGGAAUUUAGCAUGGUAAUCCUAACCUGCUUGGUUAAAAUCUAAUCCAGCACUUCUGUGUUAGAGAUCAAAAUUAGUUCAGUUGGCUAAUUUCCCUCUUUGUCUGCACUGACACCACCAGUAUGCUAGAAACUCCACUUCUCAUUGGAGCACAUUUUCCUCAAUUUUUCUGCUUCUUCCCUCAGCCCUUUCUGGCUACCAUCUAUUUCUAUCAAGCUAUAUAUAAAAAAAUCCAGAUAGGGGUCUGACAGAAAAAUAUACCACUAAAGACAUCUUAAUUUUUGACAAAACUGCUGGUUUGGAGGGGCUGUAUGUAUGCAUUAUAAUUUUAACAAUAGGCAUUGAAGAAUUAGAGGGGAAACUCUGUGUAAGUAAUCAACAAGGAUCUUCAAAGUACUGAAAGCCUUUCUUAUAAGUAUCUCUUUCCUCUCAUCCUCCAUAUAUGUUUUUGGCCCCAAGGCAAAUCCAAGUACAUCCUAAAAUAGUUCUAUGAGUUUUGUUUCAAAUAUAGUCUGGGAAAUUAUGUAUGGGGAUUUUUUAGUAAAUAAUAUUUCAAGAUUAUGAAUUUUAUAGAGAGCAUUUUGUAGUCGAGAGAACAACUGAAACCCUUGGAGUGGGCACAUUUUCAUUUGACCAAGAUAUCUGGAUAUUUGAUUUUUUAAUACAUCUGUAAAUAGGCUGAAAUGUUUUUUAAAAUAAAGUAUAAAGAAAUGCCAGAUUUCAUUUUUACUGUACAUUCUCUCUUUUUCUGAAUUUUUGCCAAAACUGGUAUUUUUGUAAACAUUUACCCACAGAGCCUAUCUCAGUAACUAUAAAAUGGAGAAUCUGUAAAAUUAAAAUAAAUAGUCUUCAGCUAAAA